AUGACUGCACACUCUGCAGAACGUCUCUCUCCAUCUCGAGUUAAGCGCAUCUUCAGACCACUUCGUGCCAAGUGCAUAUCUCUAGCCACAUUCUCAUCGCCGCUUUCACAACCGAGGCCAGCAGUCUCAACCACAUAUUUGAGCUCGUCUAGAAAUUACGCUCGACGAACAAAUGCCGAGAACGAGCCACCACCACUCGUGGUUCUCCAACCUCCGGAAAACCUUGGCUCUCGCAUUCACUUCGACAGAGCGAGCGUUGAAAGCUUGCAACUCUCAAAGAAGAUAUACGAGGUGCGAGACGCGUUCAGAAAUAUUGUGCAACUUGCCUUCCGCCAGACAUCCACCCGUGGUCCUUCGAAUGUCACACCCAUCCGGAGUUUAGCAGCAAUUUGCGCAUCAGUUAUUGGGGAGCACAUCGAAGACGAAAUUGAAGCGCAACAAGACGAAUAUCCCAAUGUAGAUGUGUGCGACUACGUGGCGGGUGAGGUCAUGGAGAAAGUUUAUGACUGCGUGCCCGCACACCAUCGCAGCUAUGCGGUCGUCUCCCAUGCGCUUUCUCUGAUUCUUGAGACAUGCCAACACCGUCCCACCCUUCUAACCGCUUUACUGGAUGUCUGCCUCUUCUUCGAUCUGUAUCAAGAAUGCGGGAUUCUCCUGCAGGCACUGUUCACCGCUGCACUUCAGCCAACCAGCUCCUCAAGCCCCACCUGUCCUCUCUCACACUCGGCGCAUAGCAACUACUUAACGGCGCUGCUCCCAAGCGUUGCACGCGUGAUAGACUCUUCAACAUUCACCCAAAUCUUUGUGGACGUUCUCGUCCAACCUAUAGCGGGAAGAAUCGAAGCCUGGACAUCGAAGGCAGUUACCCGGCUAGCCCGGGAACUGCGAGGCGAUGAUUUUGGUGCUUUCAUAACCCUGUGUUCCGGACUGGCCCAAACUAUCAAUAAUAUUGAAGCUCUACGCUCGAAGAAGAGGGCAAGAAUGAAAAGUAAACAUGAUGAAGUAGUAUACGAGUAUAGUCUGCGGGCUCGCCUCGCGAAGUGGAUCAAAUCCAUCCUCGAGCGGUUCUAUUUCCGGCUCCACGGCCUCGACACCCUAGAGACCUGGCCGGCAGAAUUUGCGGAAGAAUAUCAAGCUCUGGCCCGCUUCCUAUUAGUAGGGGCAGAAUACGAUCUGUACCUCCUUCGCGGCCUCCCGCUGGACGCAGACAUAUGCCUCGCAGAUGCCCUCAUUUGCGUAACGACUUAUUGCCUAGCGUCACCCCUCCUGGCCGUCUUGACUACCGCAGAGGCGGACCGCUUACAGAGCAUCUUGCGCACCACCAGCACCCGCACAGAAAGCUACGACAUCCUCGUCGCCCUCAUCCUCUCUCCUCCACCUGUCUGCCCCCUCACCUUCACUACAGGAUCCACGGAGUCGCCUCCGCCACCCCUAAGCUCUGCGGCCCCGCAGUACGGAUGCAUGGAGUCUCUUCGUGAAAUCGCCGAAUCUCUCCGCUCCCGCACACUUCAUCUACUCGAAGCGGCGCUGUGGUCCAACGCCUUGCGGCACGUCGAGAGCCACUGUGCUGCACCCCGUUCUUUGUCUGGUGUGGACGACCGGCUGUCCUUGGCGGAUUUGGAUUCGUUAAGGACAGAGCUGGUCGAGCAGGUCGAGAAGGCUGAGGCACUCCACUUCGGUGCGGGAGGUCAAGUGGGCGCCCACCAUCGGAGACGGGCACAUAUUGUACCACAGCCUCUGGAUGGGCAAGCGGGCCAGCCCGAGUGGGAGUGGGAAGAUAUGGUUGGCUGUUGGGUACGCUCGUCUCCGAAGGUUGCUGCUGCUUCGCAGGGCCCUCCAAAGAGGCGAAAGCUUCGCCAUGAUGCGGACGGCCAGAAAAGCCAGAGCGACCGCCGUAUCACUCCGUCGCAGCCACGGACGCAUUUGCGUCACUCCGAGGGUAUGGCGAGGAGUUCCUCAAGCCCGCAAGCGGGACUGGGAACUGCCACUCGCAGGCGAAAAUCUGCCUCUGCUUCAACUUCCAAGUCGACGUCUCGAACCACAUCUCCUGUGCCGGUUCCGUCUGAACGGCGGGUGCUACCGCACUGGUCUCCCUCUGGACAUGAUGCAGGUGAUAAAAACAUCGAUGACACCAAAGCAAGUAUCUCCACCCGGAAGCGGAAGGCUGUCUCAGCUUCAAAUUCCACAUCAAUGUCCCGGUCCACGUUCCCCUCUCCAGCUCAGUCUAAGGAGAGAGGGUUGCCGCUGCACUGGUCUCCACCUGGACACAGUGCAGGCGAUGAAGACAUCUCCGCUCCAAGUAGCCUCAUUCAUAAGCGAAAGGCUCUCCCAGCCCCAACUCCCAAGUCGCUGUUAAGAUACCCGUCUCUCCGACGUACCAUGUCUGAUCGGGAGCCUCUGUGCCGCGCUACUGUAGCUGAACACAACACAGACGAUGAGAAUGUCGAUCCCCUCAUCUUGCUCUUGCCUACGCCCAAGCCCCGCAUGCCGAGGUUGAGCAACUUCACGACAAUACUCGCGGACGCUCAGCGGAAUUGCAUUGUCUUGCAUCCACACCGUAAAAUUGGUGCCGCAAAGCAAGAUCAUCACAAGGGGUGCUCGAAGUCAUCACGUCCCAGCAUCUUUGCGGCAGAGACGCCGAUGCGCCCCGUGCCCCGCCGUGACUCUGUAUAUGACACCACAUUUGGUGCUAAUUAUCUCUCGUCCGACGAUGCUCUCAACCUCUUCGCAUACCCCGACUCCUCCCCGCCAGCGGUCCACCAUGCAUGUUAA